AUGGUGACUCCAUUUGGGUCUAUGAUUGGACUAAAGGGUAAUGAGACGGAAAUGUGUAGUAGUAAGGGUGAGCGGUGUUGGUUGGAUGACUUGGUCGAUACCCCUAUUGAAUCGGUGGAUGCGUUGACCAAAUCAUUGCAGACUUUGGUGGACAACACGCGCACUAAUAACAGCUUGAAUUUAAUGAGUCAUUUGGGAAAAGCAAUGAAAGUUGUGAUCAAUUUGCAGACUUUCCUUCAGGUCAAUGGAUCCCAAGUCGAGCCUUCCAUUGCUUUCGACGUUUCCGAAAAUUUUGUGAAAACCUUCAGUCAAGUGAUAGACCAGUCGUUUGCGUGGAGUAACGGCUCCGACACCGAGCGGUUGGAAACGGCGUCUCAGCUCUUACUGUAUAUCCAAUACACGGCUUUCUCUUCCAAUUGCUAUUUAAGUCCAUUGAAUGACACGAAAGAGUUUGACAGCAAAAAUGUCUUUGAAAUGCAUUACUUCAAUAAAACGGAUAAAAUUCUGUUUGAACACAACUCGUCUUCAAUACUAAUACCGGACGGCAUUGUCUUCAGUGACGCCGACUAUAGCCAGUCGUGUCAGAAGAACACUGAUUUCGGGGCUCUUAUACAGGGAUUGGAGAAGCAUUUGAGCAAAGAAUUAAUGGAUAAACAGGAAAUCAAUACCGAAAUAAUCGCUUUCAGUAUUAAUAACGCCAACGGAACUCAUAAACUCGACGAUGGCAAGAAUGUGAGAGUCAGUUUGAAGCACAAGAGCAAGAUCAAUUUGGGCGAUGCUGUGGACUGUGUUUUCUGGGAUUUCGAGAAGAAUGAGUGGUCUUCAGAGGGCUGUAAAGUGAUCACCAGUGCCUCCAAUCGCGACACAACCGUCUGUGAGUGCAAACAUCUGACAAACUUUGCGGCCCUAAUGGACACCACCGGCAGAGAGGAGAACGGGUCGGCCAAGAAUGCGGUCACUCUUGUGUUUUGCGCCCUUUCCGUCAUUUACCUGCUUAUUAUGGUAGGAAUGGACAGAACAGAAGUUGCAUCGGUUUGCAAAUUGCUGUCAUUUGUAUUGCUGUACUCCUUAUUGUCGUCAUUCCUUUGGAUGCUGUUACAGGCCUUUCAUUUGUUUCGUAUGACUUAUAAUGUGUUUGAUGAGGGCAUCAAACUCUACUUGUUUAUGAUAUUUGCCCGUUUGGUGAGGCACUCGUCGGCAAUGACUUCU